AUGACCCAAUCCGUCCAAGCGGGCUCGUACCUCUAUGACUUGGCAACGGGGACUCCCACGUCCAAGACGCCGCGAAGUAGCAGGACGCCCAAGAGGACAAAGAGCUUGACUGGGGCCAAGAAUGCAUUGAUGGCGCGGCUCAUUGGUCCUGAUGGAAACCUGGCCACAAAUGCUUUGGCAGGAGAGGAGGAUGCCUUCCGCCUGCAAGACCUACCCGAGGGCCGUCGAGACCGGAAGCGCUACAAUUGCCGCAAGGAUCCAUGGGUGGGUGAAGUCAUGGACCUCUUGGCCGAAGAGGUGUUUCUGAGAAAUGUGGAGCAGCCCUGGUACCUUGCGCCUUGCAUGGAGCAAGGCUCCUGCCAACGAGUAUGCUUCCCUGCAGAGUUUGCCACUCGCCACAAGCGCGAAAAGCAGGGAGGACAUGAAAUGCAAGGUGGUUCGUCCAACCACAAGGGCAAUGACAUGUAUGAGGAGAGCGAGAUGAACUUCGGCCUGCCGGAUUUUGCUCAGGCUGGCUUUUCGCUGGACAACACUGACGAGCUUGGCUGGCCGGACAUGAAUGUCCCCAACAAGCUAGGCUUGGUGCAAGCGAUCCACCGGAAGACCUCCAUCGAACGACUGUGCCUCAUCAAGCCCAAGCAUGAGCUCCCGCCCAAGAGCGGCCCCAAGGAGGUGCGCUCCUUGGUUCGACAGCUUCAGAAGUGUGACCAUGCCAAUGUGCUCUAUCUCCAUGAGGCAUUGGAAGACCAGUCCCACCUCUACUUCAUGUACGAACAGUAUUCUUGCGUCACAUUGCAGUCGGUCUUAGAUACGCAGUGGACCCAGGAGGACAUCGUACAGAUUGCGAGAGAGUGUGCUGCAGCCAUGGCCUUUGCUGCAAGCAUGAACUUGUUGCACCUUUCGUGGACUUUGAGCCAUGUGUUGAUCCCAGCCACACGCCGGAAGCAUCCCAUGCUCUGCAAGGUCUUCGGACUGGGCCUCAUGGGCGUUGUCAUCAAUGACACGUCGAGCUCCGAUCACCUCUGCUGGGCACCUGAAUGCAUCGAGAGGUUUCAUCACGUAGGCCCCAACGGCUUCCUGCAGAAGGUGGAGCAGUCUAUGAAGCCUAUGUGCGACAGUUGGAGCCUGGGCACCAUCGUCUACAGCCUGGUGUGUCGGCGGCCUCCAGCGGUGACGGAAGCACAAGCCCAGAGUAAGAAAUGGUCCUUCACAUUGGCGAUCGAUGACGCUGCCCACCUUGGCACAGCAGCGGAGUGUGCCCGGCAGGGCAUCACCUUCCGACGGCUGGUCUUGGAAACAACUGGCGCAUGGGAGGCGGAGGCCGCUUCCCUCCUCCGCAGGAUCUCGGGAGCUGUGGCUCUUCGAACAGGCUUUCAUGGUCAGCCCAAGGUGGUGAAGCAUGUGGAGGCGGCGGAGCUGGGAUUGGAAGAUGAAGAUGAAGAUGAUGUGGGAACCAAGGACCACGCCAUCGAUUACAACGAGUUCAUGCAACUUUUCCCUGUGCGCGUGCAACGGAUACGUGAGCUCAAGGACCGGCUACAAGGGUAUGAUGAUAUGGCCAAAGAGCUUUGCAAGUUGUUGGAGGACGGCACACCAGGCGUUGAACGAUGGCUCAGGUCCAUGGAAACUGCGACUCUGACGAUUCAGGAUUUGGCAUCCAAAGUCGUCGACCCACGGCACGUGGAGACCUUGACGGAGGCAGCCAAGGCUUUGAGGAAGCAGUUUGGCAAGCUAGAUGAAGGCUUGAAAGCUCCACCUGGCCCAUCAGAGCCUCAAGAGUUGGCCUUGAAGUUGCGGUCCGGCAAAGCAGCCAAGAGCCAGAAGGCCCAGUGUCCUGCCUCAGAGGCCUCGAAAUUGGCAGCUCUGAUGUCUUUGGAGCUGAACGACUGGGAAGACAACAGCCAGCUUGCACUAAUUCGCACUGUUUUGAGGAUCUUUGAGGUUUGCUGUGCCCAAAAAAGGCGCAAAGAGAUGCAUUGCGUAGAGAAAUAUAGCUGCUUGGGGUGAAGCCAACUAGCGGUCUAGCCAGCUUGAAGUGGGUGGGCGUGAAUACGACUUUCAAGCCACACAGCUUCGCACUAUUCAAUCUCAUUGUACAUGCUUCAGUGCUUCAGCAAGGCAUUAAAGUCUUGGGCUACAGCAGCUUCGUUCAGGAUCUUUCACUCAUCGACCACUGGCCUUUGCUGAUCGCCUAUGAGAGUAAAAAUAUGAAGCUUGCAAUGUCUGCUGGCUCAGGGUCUGGCCCAGAGUCCAUUGACAAAUGGAAGUUGCAUGAAGCAGCUGAUGGGGCUGCCAACAAGAUUCACAAGUUGCUGGCCCAGGUAAGAUUCCAGCUGGAUGAGUACACGUCCUUUGCUGAAGUGAUGAGUUCUCCAGAAGCUCUAAUGGCGACGGCCAAUCUGUCUGGCCGCGGUUUGCCGCCCAGGGGAGGAGGUGCUGAUGAGGAUGAGGAUGAUGAUAACGGAGAAGACAACGAAGAUGGAGGAUGCUGUGGAUGCUGCUGACAUGCUUCAUGGGAUUCAUUCUUCUCCUCACAUGCGGAACUUGUACAAAGUAUGUUUGUGGUAGACCAGAAGAACUUGUGACCAUUGUGACCUCCCU